GCACGUUUAGAUUGAUAUCUUAGCUGAGAAGAGAUACGAAAACGACGCUAGUAAGCAGGGACAGCCAGUCAUCCGCUCCAAGGACGGCAUGGAGUCGAGGGCAUCGAGCAGCAAGGCCUCCAGCCAAUCAGGCACUCUGGGUGUUAACCGGGCUUCUAGAAAAAAUGUCGCAUUCUAGUGUUGGCAUUCGGGCUUGUGGCGGACAGUCCUCUGCCCUGGGAUGCCUCAAGUGCCCUCGGCUAUCAUGAGGGAGGGGUCGUGUUAGCCGGACGAAGCAAAAGGCAUAGCGCCACAAGCUACUGUAGUUGGAGAGCGCUAAAAGCAUUCUAAAUGAUUCAAGGUUCUGGCGUGUCCAUCUGGAGAAGAACGGGAGUUGCAAUUCAGGUGAAUCGGACUCUUAGCAGGGUCGACGGUCAACCCACGAUUGUUAUCGCGGCCUACGCAUUUGUACUAGCGGCAUGGUCAGUUCGCAGACACCUGAAGGGCUACGACAGGUAGUUAUGCGUCGUAAGUCUGCUAGGCGCCACUAGUGAUACAGCAGAUAGAACUACUCUGCGCCGCGUGUGCCUGCAAUCUAGGGACGCUGGCCUGG